CUAACCUUCUUGAACUUAUAACGUUAUCGCGUACUUUAUUUAUCAUAUAGUAGUAGUAAACUAGUAAAAACAAAAUAGUUUGUCCUCAUUACAACCUUAACCAGCAAAAUAUUUUGAAUAAUCUCAAUUGAUUUUCUCUUACAAGUGAAGCAGUUGCAGGUAUAUUUUUCAAAAAUGAGUUUGAACGAAGUUUUAGGCAAGAAAUACAAGUUGGAAAAAAGUGAAAAUUUCGAUGAGUAUUUGAAAGCUUCAGGUUUGACUAUUCAACUCCGAAAAGAGCUAUUUAAUGCAUGUCCCGUAAUGGUUCUAGAAAAAGAAGGUGCCCAGUAUGUUCUGUCUAACACUUUAUUCAAAAAUAGCGUUACGAAGUUUACACCUGGAGUUGAAUUUGAUUACACAUCAUUAAAUGGUCGACCGGUCAAAACAACUAUUUCUAUUAAUGGAAACACGCUUCACGAAGUCCAAAAGGAUGCCGAUGGAACGAAAAAUUGCAUAGACAGGACAUUUAAACCAAAUGAAGUACAAGUGGUAACGUCUGUCAAUGGCGUCAACGCUACAAGGACCUACAAACUUCAAGCUUGAUAGAAUAAUUAUCAAUUUCCUUUCAAUUGUUAUAAUAGUACUGAUUAAAUCAGUAGUUUUUACACUAAAUUGAUUAUGUUUUUAAUUGUAUACUGAUUUUUGCCAUAUUUGCUGAAAAUUAAAUUUUUAAAUAUUUCUUAAAUAUAUGUUUAUUUAUUUGUAUUAUAACAAAAACUACCACACCUUGUUAUAGAAAGAAACGAAACAGUUUGUAUGCAGUGGUGGCAUGAUGAAACGAAUAAGUGAUCCACCAAAAAAUGUAGAAUUCUAGAGUAGGCCAUGAAAAAAAUAAUGCAUAAUGGUUGUAUUAUUUAUUUUAAGUGAUAGUUUGG